CUGAUUGGCUGAGAGCUGCACCAGCUGAGUAACAUGUAGACUGCUGCCGCCGCUGUUGCUUCCUCAAGAUUCAAGAACGGUCUCCGGAUCUGCUGCUGCUCACAGGGUCAGUGCAGAACAGUCAUGCAGGCUCAGGAUGUCCUGAGACAACUGCGGUUGCCCGAGCUGGAGGAUCUUCGGCAGUACAUGCGCGGCUUGCCCACCAAUGCCCUCAUGGGGAUGGGUGCCUUCGCCGCUAUAACCACCUACUGGUUUGCCACCCGGCCGAAAGCCCUCAAACCACCCUGUGAUCUCGGCAUGCAGUCAGUGGAAUUGCCAGGUGGAGAACGUGCAAGAAGGUCGAUACUGAACGACAGCGAUGAGCACCUGACACACUUCUACAGCGAUGCACGCACAAUGUACGAGGUGUUCCAACGAGGGCUCAGAGUAUCGAAUGACGGACCAUGUCUAGGAUCAAGGAAACCAAACCAGCCGUAUGAGUGGCAGUCAUAUGGAGAGGUGUCAGACAGAGCGGAGCAUAUCGGCUCUGCUCUCCUUCACAGAGGACAUUCUCAUACAGGAGACAAGUUUAUUGGCAUCUUUUCCCAGAACAGGCCAGAGUGGACCAUUUCAGAGCUGGCCUGUUACACAUACUCCAUGGUGGCUGUUCCAUUGUAUGACACACUUGGCACCGAAGCCAUCGGCUACAUUAUCGACAAAGCUGCCAUCACAACGGUGAUCUGCGAUGUACCCGAAAAGGCUCGGAUGAUUUUUGACUGUGCCAGUGGGAAAGGCCGAUCAGUGAAGACGAUUGUCCUCAUAGAGCCGUUUGACAGCGAGCUGGUGACGCGUGGACAAGAAUCUGGCAUUGAAAUUCUGAGUUUCAAAGAGUUUGAGGCCUUGGGAAAAGCCAACCUCCAGAAACCAGUGCUCCCUGAACCCGAAGACCUUGCACUUAUCUGCUUUACAUCCGGUACCACAGGACACCCAAAAGGUGCAAUGCUUACUCAUGGAAAUGUAAUCUCCAACACUGCAGCUUUCAUUAGAAUGACAGAGGGCAUACUGAAGCCCAGCAAUAAAGAUGUGCAUAUCUCCUUCCUUCCUUUGGCCCACAUGUUUGAGAGGGUGGUGGAGGGUGUCAUUCUCAUCCACGGGGCUCGGAUCGGCUAUUUCCAAGGCGACAUUCGACUUUUGAUGGAUGAUUUGAAAACGCUGCAGCCAACAAUUUUCCCCGUGGUCCCACGUCUCCUCAACCGAAUGUUUGAUAAGGUAUUUAGUCAAGCCAACACGCCGCUGAAGAGAUGGCUGCUCGAUUUUGCUUUCAGUAGGAAGGAGGCAGAGCUUAAAAGUGGUGUGGUCAGAAAGGACAGCAUGUGGGACAAACUCAUCUUCAAAAAAGUGCAGGCGAGCCUGGGUGGUCGUGUCAGACUCAUCAUCACAGGGGCGGCACCGGUGUCUCCAACCAUCUUGACGUUUCUACGAGCUGCACUGGGCUGCCAGUUUUAUGAGGGCUACGGCCAGACUGAAUGUACAGCUGGAUGCUCCAUGUCAAUGCCUGGGGACUGGACAGCAGGUCACGUUGGGCCUCCUCUGCCCUGCAAUGCUAUCAAACUGGUGGAUGUGGCAGAAAUGAACUACCUGGCAGCCAAUGGAGAAGGAGAGGUGUGUGUCAAAGGACCAAAUGUAUUCAAGGGAUACCUGAAAGAUCCUGAGAAAACUGCAGAGGCAAUCGACGAGGAUGGAUGGCUGCACACAGGAGACAUUGGGAAAUGGCUUCCUAGUGGCACUCUGAAGAUCAUUGAUAGAAAGAAGAACAUUUUCAAGCUGGCACAAGGAGAAUACGUUGCCCCCGAGAAAAUAGAAACGGUGUAUAGUCUCAGUGAUCCAGUGUGCCAGGUAUUUGUUUACGGCGAAAGCUUAAAGGCAUGUCUGGUGGGGAUUGUGGUACCUGAUCCAGACCUUUUACCUAUUUGGAUCAAGAAAAAAGGGAUUGAAGGCUCCUACUCUGAACUGUGCAAAAACGAGGAUGUGAAGAAUGCCAUUCUGGAAGACAUACAGAGGUUGGGAAAAGAAGCAGGACUCAAGUCUUUUGAGCAGGUUCGAGAUAUUGUGUUACAUCCUGAGCUGUUUUCUAUCCAGAACGGCCUGCUGACACCCACCCUGAAGGCCAAGAGGACUGAUAUUCGGAGCCACUUUAGCGAGCAAAUUGAUGAACUCUAUGCCAAAAUUAAGAUGUAAACUGAGAUCCAGGGGUGCUGUCAGAAAGGUAACAAUCAUUUAAAGCACACGACCAGGACCCCAUUGUUAGUUGAGGGGGUUUGUCAUUGAUUUGUUUGUCAGUGACAAUCUGAGAUAAUGAAUCUCACUAAGUAUGUAUUGUCCCCGCUUCUUCUAGUAGCUGUACCUCUAAAUUUUACAUGCUAUAACUAGCUAAUUCAUUCAAAAUAUGUCAUGUUUCUGAUUAAAUGUACCUGAGAGUAAGGGUUAUAAAAACAAAGGGGAAAUCUGACUUGCUCAUGCCAUAAACUGCCAUUCAGUCUGAUUAUCUCAUUGUCAGAAAAGUGAAAACAUUUCUGCCAGUUUUUUAUUCUUGGGAGCCGCGGGAAAAAAAAAACUAUAAACACGCUUUUACAACAUUGACUUAUAUUGACUAUUUAUCUACAAGUCUAUUUGAUGUGUUGGUCUAUCUAUUUAAGUUGGUAUUUAAUAUAAUCAUCAAACCUGUAAAUAGUGUAUCUGCUGAAAAGUCUAUUUGUUUGCAGAGUAUUGUGCCUGAUACUCUGUAGUUGUAAUUCCCUGCAUUCCUAUUAAGGACUGAUACACCGGUUUUAGUGCACUUAGUUAAUGGCCUAUUGGGAAUCACACUGCUUGACAGACUUUGUGUGCCUUUUUCUAUUUUCAUUUAACACUCCAUGGGAAAUAAAAUGUUACUGAACUGUACAUGCAGUUCCUCAUUUUAGAUUUUCAAAUGUUGGUGCCACAGGGUGCAGGAUAAAGCUGCAUACCAUAAUUUGUAGAAUGCACUUCAGUUUUCAGGGGUAAAUAUUUGAAACACUGGGGUCACUGUUCAUUUAAAGAAAUUCGUUGUUCAAAAAAAUUCCAUGUCCUUGUCAACAUUUCACUUUAACUCAUACAUUUUCAAUUUUCUGUGUGAAACGGAGCAGCAUUUCAGUUGUUUGACAAAAGGUUUUGUUUUGAAUUCAGAUGGUUUGACUAAAUAACGAUCUCUACACAUUUAAUCACAUUAAGGCCUCUUUGCCAUUUCAAGCCAUAUUAUUCUUUUGGGUUUUUUGUUUUUUUUAUGACGAUGUUGAAAAGGGCAAAGGUGCAGUUUUGUGCUAAAGUUACAAGUACAGUUUAUUUAUUUCGCGGCUGUA